UAUCAUUUAUGUGACUUUGUAUUAAACUUUUACGCUAGCUUUCCCGUGGUUUACGCACAUGUUGCUAUUCCAGGCUGAAGUUUAGCAUGCCAUGUGGUUGUCAUAUUGCGUUAUUAACCAAGUAUUUCAUGUCCCGUGGUCGCAUUCACGUAAUUUUCAAUGUUUUGUACGUGUAUAUGUAUGCUGCUGGUUCCGCCGUUAGCUACAUGCUUGCAUGUUUGCUUUCAGGCGUUUACAGGGUGUACUGUCUGCGGGCAGAAUAUCCCGAGAGCCGAUAAGCAUGACAAAUGCUUGUGCUGUUUAGAGAAAGCGGGGCAUAACCUUGAUGUCUGUGAACUUUGUAUGGCCUUUUCCCCCCGGGCCCAGAAGAGACGGGCGGCUGAUUUCCUAUUCUCUAAGGAAUUGCGAGAGGCGGGAGGGGAACUGACCAAGGAGGUUCCCCCGUCCAAAGCCCCAAAAGGCAAACAAGCUAAACCUAGGUCCUCGCAUAAGUCGCAUUCCCAAUCUAGUGGUUUUGACAUGUCAAUAAUCACUGAAUUGUUUCAGCAGCAUAUGGACUCCGUGAAGUCAUUUGUUCAUGAGUCCGUUGGAGGUCUCCGCCAGGAGUUCCUCGCCCACUCUGAACAGGGGACCGAGAGUCCGGGGGUGGGAUCGCCGAGCCCGGCUUGAUCCCUUAGCCUUGAGGCGACUGUUGAUCCUUUGCCUUUGGCUUCGGGUCCAGAUGCCUCGGCUACCCCGGAGAGGCGGGUGGGGGUUUCGCUUCCCAGUGCCCCUCUUGGUGCUGGCGCAGGGUCCGUUGAGGAUUCCUGGGGAUCCGGUCCCUGCGCCACCCCGCCCCAUGAGAGCGGAGGAGUCGGUUCUGCCCGGUCUUCCUCUCGUGUCUUGGGACCAGGGUUCGAGUGUUGUGUCGGUUGCAGGAGCGGGGAGUUCCUUCGGCUCUUCCCUUCCUGCGGCGUCUGUGGCUCGGCCUCCAACCGGGUCAGGGUUCGGCUCCUCUUCACGAGGAGACCCGAAUUCUGACUCGGGCUCGGGUGCCAAGUCUAUCGACGUUGGGGAGGUCGAGGAGCUGGAGGGCACUUUCCGUUUCUCGUCAGCUCUCCAGGAGGUUAGGCAACGUAUUGCCGAGUAUAUACCCCAAGUAUAUACCAACAUGUCGCUCGGACUCCCCCCCCUGAAGCAGGCAUACCGGACUUAUGAGGAAGUCUACCGGGAAUGCCAUGCAGCAGGUGCGGAUAGUGGUCCAUGAGGCCUACCUUUCCUCUAUCCAAAGGUCGGCUCUGGAGGCAGAAAGGGAGAAUGAUAGACAUUCUAGUUCGACUGGGGUGGAUCAUAAACCUCAAGAAAUCCGACCUGGUACCCACCCAGGACUUGUUUUUUCUCGGGGCGCGGUUCACAACUCACAAGGGUUUUGUCUCUUUGUCGCCCGAUCGGGUCACCAGAGUACGGGAGAUGGUGUCUUCGUUCCUCUCCCAGCCCCAGGCAGAAAGCGCGGACUUGGCUUCGUCUACUGGGUCAUAUGGCGGCAACUAUCUCUGUAGUGUGGCGGGCGCAGUUGAGGAUGCGCCCUAUACAGCAAGCU